UACCCGAACGGGCAUUCAAAAGGUCAACAGCGCGGCCUCGCUUCUUCCCCGCUUCCCUUCCCUUCCCCUCAACGCAUCCCGCUCUAUAUCUAGUACAGCUGUGCAGGAAUAUCGCAUUGACGGUGUUGGACGUACUGUACAACCUGGGGACCCAUCCGAAGGAGAUCCCGCUCAACUUAACAAGCAUAGGAACUAGCGCUCUCUAGUAUACUCCCGCAUCCAUGUUCCUCCGCCCGGCCCUCCACCGAGCUCUCACCCGCUCCACACGCCACUGCCCCGCCCACCCAAAACUCUUCACCACAACCGCUCCCACACUCGCAACCUCCCCAACCGUAAAACUCGUCGCCCGCCUCCGCAAAGAAACCCAGUGCAGCAUCUCCAAAGCCCGCGAAGCCCUCGCCGCCGUCCCCUCUACCUCCUCCGAUCACUACGCCUCAGCCCUCGCAUGGCUCGAAGCGGAUCAAGCGGCCUCUGGCCGGAAGAAAGCGGCAAAAUUGGACGGGAGGGUCGCUGCAGAGGGGUUGGUGCACGUUGUGGGAGUGGAUGGCGGGAAGAGGGUGGCGAUGGUGGAGGUGAAUGCGGAGACGGAUUUUGUGGCGAGGAGUGGGGAUUUUGUGGGGUUGGUGGAUGGGGUUGGGGCGUCGGUUUUGUUUGCUGAGAUUGCGGGUGGGAAGGGGGUGGUGAGGCAGUUGGAUGUGGAGGAUGUGAAUGCUGCGCCGGCGUGGCCCUCGUCUCGGAGCGCGGAGACGAUACCUGGUGGCGAGACGGUGCGGGAGACCGUUGUGGCUGCGAUUGGGAAGCUUGGAGAGAACAUCCGGGUGCGGAGGGCGGUUGUUACGCGGUUUCCUGGUGAGGAGGAUGCCACUGCCACCACAUCUGCGACGGAUUCGAAGGAGGUGUAUGUCGCGGGCGGGUACGCGCAUUCCGGCGGGGACAGCGUGAUCCCACCGGGUUUUGGACGUAUCGCUGCCGUCGCCGUGCUCAAAAUCGCCAAUAACAAUCCACAACUGUCUACUGAAACGAGAACGAAACUGCAUCGCUUAGCAGCCCAGAUAGCUCAGCACGUCGUCGGGUUCAGCCCCGCCACUAUCGCGCCGGUCUCGGCCCCUGGCCCAUCCGAUUCUGCAAGGGACCCCGAAGACACCGAAACGACAUCCACGGCCCUUCUCACGCAACCCUUCCUCUUCGGCGGGGGCACCGUGCAGGAGGUUCUUGCACGCAACGCGACGGAGUUGGGACUCGCUACACAGGAUCAGCUGGCGGUACAUGAUUUCCUCCGCUGGGAGUGUGGAGAGGGGAUCGAGAAGAAUGAGACGGAUUUCGCGGAGGAGGUUAAGAAGCAGGCUGGGUUGGCUUGAGAUUAGAGAUACAGAAUAGAAGGAGGGAUGUGUAUUGUAUUAGACGGCUUCCAUCAGCGGGAGCAGAGUAAAUAUGCAUGCAUUUGGAAGUAACCGGCGCCGAUGAAAUCAAUCCCAGUUGGCGUAGAAGGCAAAGGGGUUGGGGUUAGGGUUAGGUUUAGGUUUGUUAAUCAAAUGGUUCACUUUGGCUGCGAAAAAGUCUUAUUCUUGAGGUGAGCUACCCACCUUCAAGCACGAGUUACC